CCUUUAAUUAUUAUCACGAAGCUGUCUUACCAAACGUUUAUUUUAAGAAAUUUGCAUCGUGAGUGUCAAUAAUUUAUGCAAAAAAUAAUUUGACAACAAACAUCAGUGUGAGGCAUGGGGAAGUCUCACCUGGCAGAGUUCUCACUGGGCGGUAUAGCAGCCUGCUGUGCAGGGGUCUUCACAAACCCUCUUGAGGUUGUGAAAACUCGUAUGCAGCUACAGGGGGAACUUCAGAAGAAAGGCAAUUAUACUGUUCACUACAGAAAUUCUUUCCAUGCAUUCAUAACCAUUGGUAAAACAGAUGGUAUACCUGCCCUGCAGAAAGGUCUUGUCCCUGCACUGUGGUUCCAGCUGUUCAUGAAUGGAGUGAGAUUAGGUUCCUAUCAGAUCAUCAACAAUUCUGGGAUCACGAAAGACAAAGAUGGGAAUGUUAUCUGGAGCCGUAACGUCCUGGCAGGGGCGGCAGCUGGGUGUAUGGGAGCAGCUGUCGGCAGUCCCUUCUACAUGGUGAAAACUCAACUACAGGCACGAGCUAAUGCCUCCAUCGCAGUUGGAACGCAGCAUCCACACGACAGCAUGUUCAAGGCUUUUACCUUUGUUGUCAGGGAGCAUGGUGUUAUAGGUCUAUGGCGGGGCACAACAGCGGCAGUAUCUAGGGUCAUGGUUGGAUCUGCUGUCCAGUUGUCGACCUUCAGCAGCGCCAAGGAGUAUGUGAUCAGCCUAAAGUUUUUCCAACCAAAUAGUUUUUUGAACUCACUGAUUGGAAGUAUAUGUGGUGGAGUCGUUGUUGUUGCCUGUAUGACCCCAUUUGAUGUCGUCUCAACACGAAUGUAUAACCAGCCAGUGAACAAAAAUGGCAAAGGAAUUAUGUACAAAAACUUACUAGACUGCUUCGUGAAAAUCUUUACUAGUGAAGGACUUUGGGGUUUCUAUAAAGGCUGGGGCCCGUCGUUUUUUAGACUGGUUCCGCAUACAGUGCUUAGUCUUGUGUUCUGGGAUCAGUUACGAAUUCUUCAUGGCAAGUGGAACGAGGAUGAGAGUAUAUAAAGUUGAUAGCUAGAAGUGUAUGUUGGAUUAGUUUCAAAACAUUUCGAGUGCUAAUAAGACACCAGGCCUCAAUUUCUCGAACAAUCUUUAGCUUAACACAGUAUCAUAUUUCAUUAAGACAUAUCAAAAAAAGAAAACAUGAUUUUACAAAACAAAUUUAAACAUUAAAUCUCCAUUAUCUAUAUCAUAAUUCUUUUUAACGCUACACUCUCAAGGAUUUAUCGUUUUGUCUUUUUUUAUUUUUGUCUUGGAAUGAGCCAAAUUUAGCAUAAAUGUCUGGAAACCAGUGAUAUAAGACUGCUCACAAAACAUUAAAUCACAGUUGUUCAUAUUUAUGUUCCAAACUUAGCUGUUUUAUUGCUGAAAGCUGCAUACUAACACUGUUAGGAAAUGCUCUUUUCAUUGCAAGUUAUUUAUAUGACUGAAUAGAAGGCAUUGAUACCAAUAUCUGCUCUGAGACAAAAAUUGAAAAUAGACAAAACUGUCAAUCAGUGAGACUGCAGCUUUAAUAAUCUGAAUUUUGUUUAAAGAAAACCAUUGCACAGUUCAUACCAAAACAAAAAGAGUGUUCUAAUUAAGUUUGAUCGAUUGUUUGCGAAAUUGGGGCCAUGUCAUUCAUACGGGUUCCUGUUUUGAGAUGAUUUGUUAAAGUUCUAUUCUUAAUCAGAGUUUACUAUUACAGAAAGUAUAUAUAAUUAGAGAUUUUUAGAUAUUACAAAUACACAAACCAGGGACCAUUUAUGAUGUUUCAAAUGGUGCUAUUGUCAAUUAAUCAGCCAAAUGGUGCAUCUGCAGGAAUUAUAAGGUUAAACUUCAGUCUUUGAAAGGCAGCUUUAUCCAUCAUCAGACUUCAUGCUUGAAAUAUUGUAAGACCCAAUUGAUUAUGUGUUCAGCAACUUUUCCCUUUUCUACAACACCCUGCCUUUUUUAAUAUCUGUUUUAAACUGUAAUUAACAUGAUUAACAUCAGACUUUGUGCUUAAGAUAUUUUAUGGCCAUGCCGAAUUGAUUGUGUGUUUAGUGUAAUUGGUAUGUAGGAUUUCAGCCUAAAUUCUUAAAUCUCAUUUAAGCAAAGAAAUAAUAAUCACUUCCAGAGCUUAAUAUUAAAAAAGAACAUUAGGGCAGUAUUAAAUAUAAUUCCUAUCCUUAGCCUUAGAUAUGCCUCAGUGAUUCCAUUCAGCCGAUUGGCCAGUUAUUUUUAUAGUCCAAUCAAAACAUUCAUAUCCUUAGAUAUGCCUCAGUGAUUACAUUCCAUCUAUUGGCCAGCUAUUUUUACUGUCCAAUCAAAACACUUAGAUUCUACUCUUAAAUUUUUUAUCAGUUGGUUAUUGAAUAUGAACCGUAGAUAAAUUAAGAGCAUAUACAGGGAGAUGGUCAAUUUGCAAAUGUAUUUGAUGAUUUCUCCACUAUUUUCAUUCCUAAAACCUGCAGUAAAUUGUAAUAUGAGGGAACAAAGAAUUGAUUUUAUAUGGCCUUACAAUUAUAAAAUUAACAAAGAAUAAUUUUUAUAUUGCCUUACAUUGAUUAGAAUUAUUAAAGAAUUAAUUUUAUAUUGCCUUAUAUUGAUUAGAAUUUAACUUUUUUCAACAAAUAUAUUAUCAUGCUAUAAUAAUAAAAUUAUGCACUCGAUGUAUCAAUUUCAUUAGAAACCAUUCAAAUAUUCCAGAGCUGGUGCUCCAAAAACAUCUUAAGUCAAGUUUCUCACUAGUACAUGAUGUAAUAAAUUUAUAAUAUCUAAGCUGCUUUAUUUCCAAUAUUAAUUUUAAUAUACAUACUUUUAUGUUACAUUUGACUAUGAAAAUCUCAGAAGAUCGACUUAAUUUAAGAAAUGACUCAAGAGGUUUUAUGAAUACCGACCCUGUCCAAUAUGUACAUUGCAUAUAUUCGUUAAUCCAACUUCAUCUAAGAUUAUAAUAUUAAAUUUGCAUCUUGAACUGUGAGAUUUAUAAAGGUGCAAUUAAUCAUAUAAAAAUAUAUGGAAUAAUCAUAUUUAUAACUAAAUAACUACGUUUUCAGGGAUGUGAUUUGUCCGCAGAUUCGCGGAAUUCCGCGGAUUUAAUGGCCCCAGGGACCCCCCCCCCAAAAAAA